UUCCUCCUCCCUCCUGCGGACUGACGGGCGGGCGGCUGCUGCUGCUGCUGCUGCUGCGGAGGCUGCCCGAGGUUGGGGGGAGCCGAGCUCUGUCUGAGCAGUCAUGGCUCUGCCGCGGAUGCCCCUGGGUCGACCUCUGGUAGGCUUCGUCUGCUUGGUCCUGGGUCACCACUUGGUCAUGGUCACCGCCUGCCCAGAAGUGGACUUUGGCCAACUCAUGAAUGAGCUCUGCCUCACCAAGUUUAAACUGGAAAUGGACGAGAUCGAGAAGGGCCUCUGGUGCAACUGGGAUCAGACGGUCAAGAGUUACAGAGAGGUUACCAACUGCACCUACCUCAUCGCUGAGAAGCUGGACUGCUACUGGCCCAACCACCAGGUGAACGACUUCUUCCUGGCCAUCCACAGGCACUACUUCCAAGACUGCCCUGCCACGGGAAGGGUCCUGAAGGACCCGCCCAGCAACAUCCUCUGCCCCUUCAUCAUCGCCCCCAUCUUGGUGACGCUGCUUGGCACGGCGCUGGUGGUGUACAAGAGCCAGCGGAAUGAGGGCAUCGUGUAAGGCCUCGCCACCCCAGUGUUCGCCACUUGGGACUUACCCCUGCCAUUGUGACCUGAGACUGUGGGGUGGUCAGAAUCCAGGGGCAUGCUGGGAAGGAGGUGGGAAGAGGUGGGCUGGCUCUGAGAAAACCUUCAUUCUGUGCGAUGACAGCUUUUGUAGUGAGGGGGCUUAUUCCCUGCAAGAUGGUGGGUGGGCGGGCAGAGAUGAGGAAGCAGUGUGAGCACAGACUGCAAACAGUCCUCUUCAUUUCCUCUAAACAACACAUGCCCCUUCAGUAAUACUAACAGUAUUUUUCAGUUGCCAACAGAUUGGAGAAUUAAGUUUGACACGAGCCUCAUCUUGACUCAACCCACAGGGUCCAACAGAUUGGUUAAGGUUGGCCGAGGUUCCGUCGAGCAGAGAUGUUGUAGGUAGAAAUUAUUCCUCGGGAAGUCUUUGGUCAACUGUUUCCCUUGAAGUGUUCAUUCUCCGGAUGUAAUCCUCUGGCCCUACAACGUUUCCAAUGUAUAAAAUAUUUUAUCGUACUGUACACAUGGAACAAGCUGUGUUUGGGUGAUUAAACGAUAUAGUCUCAAAUA